AUGUUUCGGCGCGGUUUAUCAGACGCAGAAAUUGCGGAUUUGAUCAAUCAUAGCGACACUCUGGAUAAUGUAGAGAGUGAUUCAGACGAUUCUGAAUGCAAUGGUGUGUUUGAAGAAGACGAGAUUGAUGACAGUUUGUCUUCAGAUGAAGACGAGAAUGAUGUUGAAGGUGUUGCUUCAAAUCCAGCAGCUGUGCCGUAUCCGAAAGACAGUGAGUGGACUGCAGUUGACACCUACCGACCUCUGCCUGUCAACACGACACCCAGGCAGAUACUAGUGGAUAUUGAUGAGUCGAGUUCUGUACUGGAUUGCAGUAAAGUGUUCCUUACUGACAGUGACGUAAAUGAACUCAAGAGACAGACAAAUUUGUAUGCAUCACAGACAAUACAGAAGAAAAGAAGAGGAAAUAAUCUGAAGCCCCAUUCAGUUUUGAGUUCGUGGAAGCCAGUGACUAUAAGUGAGAUGAGGCGUUUCUUGGGUAUUAUUUUCCACAUGUGUGUUUCGAAAAAGCCCAAAAUUGCGGACCAUUGGAGCACUAAUCCUGUUCUUAGUUGUAACUUUUGUCCCCAUGUCAUGAGCCGUUUGCGUUUCACUCAGAUACUGUCAUGCUUGCAUCUUGUUGACAAUUCAAAUCAGAAAAAACCAGGCGAAGAUGGAUUUCAUCCACUUUACAAAGUUUUGCCAUAUUAUAAUAAUUUGAAGGAGCGAUGUAUCCAGGCAUAUCGUCCCUCAGAAAAAGUGACAAUUGAUGAAGGAAUUUGCCCAUUUCGAGGUCGUGUGAGUUUCCGUGUUUACAUGCAAAAUAAGCCUCAUAAGUAUGGACUGAAAGUAUAUGCUGUUGCUGAAGCCAGUAGUGGCUAUGUUGUAAAUUUUGAAGUUUAUGCUGGUAAGCAUAUUGUUGACAAUUCUUCGUCUGCGGUUAUUUUGCGAUUGUUGUCUGACAGCAGCUUGCUGAACAAAGGCCACACUGUGUAUUUAGAUCGAUUUUAUUCCAGUCCAGAGCUAUUUCAGCAACUGGCAGAGAAAGGCACUGGAGCUGUUGGUACUGUGAACAAAUCCAGGAAAGGAUUGCCUAAAGAUUUAGUAUCUGCUAAGCUGAAAAAGGGCGAAAUGUCUUUUCGGCGUAAAGAUAAUGUAUUGGCAAUGAAGUGGAAAGAUAAGAGAGAUGUGUAUACAUUGUCUACAAGGCAUCAAGCAACAUUUGGUACGCAUACUAAGAGAAAUGGGUCUGUAGUAUUGAAACCACUUCAGGUACUUGAUUACAACCUCAAUAAAAUUGGAGUGGAUAUUGGAGACCAACGCCUGCAGUACAAUCCGUUCCAGCACAGAACUGUGAAAUGGUGGCGAAAAUUAUAUUUCCAUUUGCUGCUUAUGGGAGUAUCAAAUGCAUUUUGGCUGUACAAUGCAGUGCACAGGAAGAAAAUUACAAUAACAGACUUUAUAACAGUGCUUGCAGUUCAGCUUGUUGAAGACGACACACUUGAAUUCAUUCCAAGAAAUGAAGGAACUACAUUUACCAGUGGUAAAGAUGAAAUUGGGUUGAUUGUACUUGGUUCUGACAAGACACAGAAUCCACUUGGUUACCCAAAUGUGAGUGUGGAAUUUCCUCUUGCACUGCCUACAUGGCAGAUGAUAUCCUUUGUGGAGAAAGCUUUACAUGAAAGUGAAAUAAAAACAGAUUGGAUAGAUGGUGUUGUUGUUGGCAUGCAAGUCUUGAAAGAUGAGCUAGAGUGCCUUGAAGAAAAUAAAAGAUCUCGAAAGUGUCUUAAUGACAACCGAUGGCCUCAUGUUGACAAGACAGCUGGUUGCCUUGCAGAGGGCAGGGCUUGA